AUUGCGUGCAUCGCUAAACAUAAGUAAAGACGCCAUUUUAAAUAACGCCUGUGACUUUUAAUUACAUUCCCCUCUUAGUGCUGUUGUCCUGAGCCUGCCAACAUGGUAUAUCACAAUGUUCUCUCUUGUUUCCUGAGCCCAGCAUUCACACAUUGACCUAAGUAGAUGUACGCCAGCUGGUCAUGUCCAUCAUUAGAGCCAAGUCACAGAAUUCCUGAAUAUACUUAGAUCCGGCCGGGCCUGCUGCACAGACAGUCAUCGGUCGGAAGAACGCUUGGAACAAACAUGGCUUAAAAUGAAACAGGCUUAUUCUUUGAGUUGCUUUCUCUAAGGAAGCUGUUUUCUUGGUGGGAGAAUUAACCAUGAAAGAUUUACCAUACAUUCCACUUCUCCUUAUCUUCACUUUGGCGGCACUGGGCUUGGCUGAAAGACUCCCCAAAGCUCCUUUCAUCACUACUCCUCUUGAGACACUGGAUGGAUUGGUGGAAGAUGUCGCCACUUUCAUGUGCGCAGUUGAUUCAAAUCCCUCAUCGGAGAUUAUAUGGACAAGGAAUAACAUUCCUAUCAGGAUGUUUGACACGCGUUACAGCAUUCGGGAAAAGGGCCAGCUCCUGACCAUUCUGAGUGUAGAAGAAAGUGACGAUGGCGAGUACUGCUGUGUGGCUAAAAAUGGAGUAGGAGACCCAGCAGAAAGCUGUGGUGCUUUGCAAGUGAAAAUGAAGCCGAAAAUAACCCGCCCACCAAUUAAUGUAAAACUUAUUGAGGGAGUAAAGGCUGUUCUUCCAUGCAAUACACUGGGAAAUCCCAAACCUUCUGUUUCAUGGCUAAAAGGAGAGAACACUGUAAAGGAAAAUGCUCGCAUAGCUAUUCUGGACUCUGGAAGCUUAAGGAUUCAAAAAGUGCAAAGGGAAGAUGUUGGGCACUAUCGAUGUGUUGCAAAAAACAGUUUGGGGACCACAUAUUCAAAACCAGCAUUGCUAGAGGUGGAAGUGGUUGCCCGGAUCCUGAAGGCUCCUGAGUCACAGAAUGUAACAUUUGGGGCAGAAGUAUUUCUACAGUGUACAGCCUCUGGCCUUCCAGUUCCUUCCAUCCGAUGGUUUGAGAAUGGAAAAUCAGUUCUAUCUGAAUUGGUGGAGGAAAAUAUCAAAGAUGGAGUAAUCUCCUCAAAGUUGCACGUAAUUGCUACCAGACCAGGACUAUUCACUUGUAUGGCAGAUAACAAACAUAGUGGCAGUUUUGGCACUGCAAAAGCCGCAGCAACAAUCAGUAUAUCAGAAUGGAGGUUGUACAAAGGGGAUGCCGGCUACUGCACUACAUAUAGAGGGGACAUAUGUAGUUCAAUACUUGCAAAGGAUUCCUUGGUAUUCUUUAAUUCAUCUAACUCUGAACCGGAGGAGAGCCAAGAGAUGCUUGCUCAAACAACCUGGAAUGAACUUAAAACUGUAAGCUCCUUUUGUCGACCUGCUGCCGAAGCUUUUCUCUGCAACUAUUUCUUCCAAGAGUGUAACCCUACUGGAGAAGGGCCAGCUCCCAAACCAAUGUGCAGAGAACACUGCAUUGCAGUAAAGGAUCUAUACUGCUUUAAAGACUGGCUCUCUAUGGAAGACAACUCUCAUAAAGGAAUUUAUAAGCAUGGAUUAAUGUUGCUUCCUGAAUGUGAUAAACUUCCAAGCGUACAAAACAACUCAAAAGUUUGCACUCGGAUUCCAUUUUUUGAACUACGAAAAGAGAAUAUUACACGGACAUGCUACAUAGGAAAUGGAAGACAUUACCAAGGAAAUAUGAAUACAACAGCAUCUGGUAUUCCUUGCCAGAAAUGGAGUCAACAGCUGCCUCAUUUGCAUAGACGUUUACCUGAAAUUUUUCCAGAGCUGUCCAAUUCUGAAAAUCAUUGCAGAAACCCCGGUGGAGAGAGUGAACGUCCUUGGUGCUACACAACAGAUCCGAAUGUUCGAUGGGAAUACUGCAAUGUCCAAUUAUGUGGAACAAGUGCAUCAAAUUUUCCUGUAACAACCAAAACAGCUUUUGGCCCACCAGUCAUGCCAUCUACAUCUUCAUCAUUUUCUCCAGCGCACACCAUGACUGUAAUCAUAUCUACAAUAUCCUGUUUUGCUGUUCUGACAUUGGUGUUAAUUGUAGUACUGGUUUGCUCCCGCAAGCAGAAAAAGUUGAAAAACAAAAACAGGGAGGCGGCAGCACCCACCCUCACAGCUCUCCCAUCAGAGCUGCUGCUGGACAGACUGCACCCAAAUCCUAUGUACCAGCGACUGCCACUUCUGCUUAACCAUAAGCUUUUAAGCCUUGAGUAUCCCAGGAACAACAUUGAAUAUGUUAGAGACAUAGGAGCAGGCGCCUUCGGAAGAGUAUUUCAAGCCAGAGCUCCAGGACUGCUGUCGUAUGAGCCUUUUACAAUGGUAGCAGUGAAAAUGCUGAAAGAAGAAGCUUCUGCAGAUAUGCAUGCAGAUUUUCAGAGAGAAGCAGCACUUAUGGCAGAAUUCGACCAUCCAAACAUUGUAAAACUUCUAGGUGUCUGUGCUGUUGGGAAACCAAUGUGUCUUCUGUUCGAAUACAUGGCCCAUGGAGAUUUAAAUGAGUAUCUGCGACACAGAUCACCCCGAGCCCUAAGUAGCCUAAGUCACAGCAGUCUUGCUGCAAAAGUCAGGCUAUGUGACUUAAAUCCAUCUCCACUCUCAUGUACUGACCAGCUCUGCAUUGCUCAACAAGUGGCUGCUGGCAUGGCUUAUCUCUCCGAAAGAAAAUUUGUUCACCGGGAUUUGGCCACAAGAAAUUGCUUGGUUGGAGAGAAUGCGGUGGUUAAAAUAGCUGAUUUUGGCCUCUCUAGAAAUAUAUAUUCAGCUGAUUACUAUAAAGCCAAUGAGAAUGAUGCCAUUCCCAUCCGUUGGAUGCCCCCAGAGUCUAUUUUUUAUAAUCGCUAUACAACCGAGUCAGAUGUUUGGGCCUAUGGUGUGGUACUGUGGGAGAUAUUUUCAUAUGGCAUGCAACCAUAUUAUGGAAUGGCUCAUGAAGAAGUCAUCUAUUAUGUUAGAGAUGGAAAUAUUUUGUCAUGUCCAGAAAACUGUCCACUGGAGUUGUACAAUCUAAUGCGACUCUGCUGGAGUAAAAUGCCAUCUGAUAGGCCAAGUUUUGCUUGUAUCUAUCGCAUUCUGGAACGUAUGUAUGAAAGAGCUGUCUCUGCUGUCCAUGUGUGAAUAGGUGUGUCAUUGUGGGAUUAUUCUUAUGGAUAAUGUAGGUCCUGCUUAGUACCAAAUAAGAAUGGAUUGUAAGCGAGACCCUAAACCAUUGUUAUGGCAUGCAGUCAAUGAGUAGGUUCCAGAAGAAAGAGUCCUUACUAAAGGGUCAAAAGAAGAAGGAAAAACACCUAAUGAUGGUAUUUGUAUAGCCUAAUAUGUGAGCUGAAAAUCAUGUCUGAAGGUCAAAAUUGCUCCCAUCUUGAAUUGAAAAUCAAGUCAAAUAUAUUUAUCUGAACAGCGAUAGACUGUGGAGCCAGGUGCCCACCGGAACACCUCGAACCAACUCUCUAAAACUAUUUUACUCCAUCUUUAUUUUCCUUGUCUCUUCUUUUUAUAUACCAUCCGCUGUUUUCCUUUCCAUAGUAUUUGUUCACAUACAAUGACCAUGGUACAAGGCCAAAGGGUUGGGUGAGCAGGAGGGCUCACUGACAUCUGCACUCUCCUGUAGUUAUCCUGGUUCCCUGGUGAAGAUGUUAACAAUAUAUUAGAUAUAUGACUAAAUAAAAGCCCUUUUGUAAGUUAUCAGUAUAUCUGGUCAUUAAGAGGUUCCUUUAACGGAAAUAUGGUACGCUAAAACUGCAAUCCCAUCUCAUCUUAUCUAGGGAAAACAAAUAAUUAUGUAGUAAUCACUAAUUACCUACAGCAGACAAAAAUGUAUCUACAGUACUGUGGCCUUUAAACAUUUUAAUGUAUUACACCUCAGAGGUGAGUACAGCAGUUUUAUAACACUAGAAGGAUCAAAGCUUGGACAUAAUUGGAGACCAGUGUUCCUUAUAGUGGAUGGAUAAUGGGAUAACUUGUAACAUAUCAUGGACAUAAAAAUAAAACAUUUCUGACAUUAUUAUUUCAAAUACAAUAUAACCCUACUACAGUUCUCAUGUAUUAUGUGAAGUAGAAUCAAAUUUUAUAACAAAAGGAUCUGCUUUUUUUGGGUGUUUUUUUCGUUACAAUAAAUGAGCCAGUAACACCAAAAUUAUUAUUUUCUUAUGAAAUAUAUGGAAAAUUAUAGAUUUAGUCAAUAUAUAUAGUUUUAGACUGUUGUCACCCAUACAGAGCUGUACUAUUGAGUAUAAAACUGUUGCAGUUUGUGGUCUAAGUGAGACCACCGGUGCAAGUGAUUGCUAAUGCUACACUAUUCAUUCCUAUUGUUUUGUUUGUGUUUGUUUAUACAUUUUCCUACUGGUAUAUAAAUGAUUUUAUGAUCAAG